GGCAUUUUAAAAGUCUGUGUCCUCACUCUCAUCGGCGAGGAGCUGGCAGUGUGUAGGUUACGUCACCAUGAGAGGGCGGAGGGAGGGUUCGGAGGUGUUUUCCAGCUUUAAAAAGACAGGAGCUACGAGCAGCCCUGCGUCAGAGAGAGACCCAGAGUAAAUGAAAAUUUCAAUUACAUUACCAUCAGAGACAGCCAAAACACCAGCCAUUCACCGUGUCUAAAGAAAGAGAGCCAGUCAUUCAGCUAAAACUUCUCUUAUGCACACACAUCGUCCCUUUCUACCAUUUCAGUCAGUCACUGUCACUUGGACUGCUUCUUACAACACAGAAUAAACACAAUUGAAUUUUAUUUAUUUUUUUCUGUAAAGGAAAGCAAACUUUUUAUAUAUAUAUAAUUAUCAAGAAAGGAGAAAAGCCGUUGGUUGAAUGCAGAAUAACAAUAACCUGAGUGUCUCAAAGUUUGCAUUUGGACCAUUGGUUUCUUCAGCUCUGGCAAAGGAAUUGGAAACUUUGGAAUUGCAUUUAUUGUCUUCCUUCACCAACAUGAAAUCUGCAGAAGAAGAAGCCUUCAACUAUGCAACACCUAAUGUUAGCAUCUCCCUGCCCCUCAACAUGGGAAACCCCUGCUUGUCAACAUACCACGGCAUCCAUUCCAGCCAAGUUAUGUCUUCCAACCAUCAAGCCGGGUAUAUGGACAACGGUGCCUCGGGCUACUAUCUGUCUCCUAACAUCAGGCCAAAUGGAGCCCCUACCUUGGAAAGCCCCAGGAUUGAAAUCACUCCUUACAUUGGGAUGCACCAUGGCAACAGCCAGUACCCCCAGGAAGAAGGGAUUGAAGAAGGCAUCCCCAGUGCUAAGAGACCAAACUCAAUUGUCACCCUGACCUUGCCCACUGCGGACAAUUACAGAGAUCCCAGCUGCCUCAGCCCAGCCAGCAGUUUGUCUCCCAGAAGCUGCAAUUCAGAAGCCUCUUCCUAUGAGUCAGGCUACUCAUACAAUUAUGAUAACUCCCCACAGAACUCUCCCUGGCAGUCGCCUUGCGUUUCCCCCAAGGGCACUGCUCCAGAAGAAGUCUACCACCGCAGGCUGGCAGCCUGCACACUGCUCACCUCUCCAAGACACUCCCCCUCCACAUCCCCCAGGACCAGCGUCACAGACGAGAACUGGCUUGGCACACGCAACUCCCGGCCGACCUCUCCAUGUGGAGGGAAGAGGAAGUACAGCUUUAAUGGUGUCCCCUACAGACACCCCUCCUACUCCCCACACAAUUCCCCAACCCCAUCACCCCAGACUUCCCCUCGGCUCAGUGUGACCGAUGAGACCUGGCUGAACAACACCAACCAGUACACCAACUCCGCCAUUGUGGCAGCCAUUAAUGCUCUGACCACCGACAACAUGGACAUGAACGAUGGCAUCCCUGUUAAGUCCAGGAAGACCAAUGUCGACCACAUGAGCCUUAAAGUGGAACCAGACGAAGAGGAGCAUGGCACAGUAGCCUUGUCCUCCGAAGACUUUUCCAACCGACAGAUGCCCUUCAAAAAAGAAAACUUCUGUGGGGAAUUUUUAUCAGUGCCACAGAACCCCUACUCCUGGUCCAAACCAAAGUCCUACAUAAGUCCUUCUCUGCCUGCACUUGACUGGCAGCUGCCAUCUUGCUCGGGACCUUAUGAACUUCAGGUUGAUGUGCAGCCCAAAUCCCAUCACCGCGCUCAUUACGAGACAGAAGGAAGCCGAGGAGCGGUGAAGGCAUCAGCUGGCGGACAUCCUAUUGUGCAGCUCCACGGUUAUAUGGAAAGCGAGCCCCUCAUCCUCCAGCUGUUCAUUGGGACAGCAGACGACCGCCUGCUGCGACCACAUGCCUUCUACCAGGUCCACCGCAUCACCGGCAAGACUGUCUCCACAGCCAGCCAUGAGGUCAUGCUCUCCAACACCAAAGUGCUGGAGAUCCCACUGCUACCUGAAAACAACAUGAGGGCCAUAAUUGACUGCGCUGGUAUCCUGAAACUGCGGAAUUCGGACAUUGAGCUGCGUAAAGGCGAGACAGACAUUGGGCGAAAGAACACCAGAGUGCGGAUGGUCUUUCGCGUGCACAUUACUCAACCCAACGGCCGGACCAUCUCUCUGCAGGCAUCCUCCAACCCCAUUGAGUGUUCUCAGAGAUCUGCCCAGGAACUGCCGCUGGUAGAGAAUCAGAGCAUGGACAGCUUCCCCGUGACCGGAGGGAAGAAGAUGGUGUUAAGUGGACACAACUUCCUUCCUGACUCAAAGGUCGUCUUUGUGGAGAAGGCCCCAGAUGGCCACCACAUAUGGGAGAUGGACGCAAAAGUUGACAAGGACUCAAUCAAAUCUACUUCAUUAGUGGUUGAGAUCCCCCUGUACCGAAAUCAGAGGAUAACCAGUCCCAUCCAGGUGAAUUUUUAUGUCUGCAAUGGAAAGAGGAAGAGAAGCCAGUGCCAGCACUUCACCUACCUGCCAGCUAAUGUUCCAAUAAUAAAAACAGAACCUACUGACGACUACGAGGCCGUAGCUCCCGGACUAAACACACUAUCCAAAUCUUACUACAACCAGCAAGUCCUGACCUCCAUGAUGCCUCCAGAUCCUGGCUCCUGUCUGGUGGCCAGCUUCCCUUCCUACCAGCAGAGAAACAUUGUGAUGUCAUCCUCUUCAUCCACCUCUAACUCAAGUCCUAAGCUGCACGACCUCUCCCCUUCUGCCUACACCAAAUGCAAUGCCAACACUGGUCACAGUCAGCUAGCCAGUCUCCAGCAGCCCACAGCAGGCGUCCCCACAAUCCAGGAAGUGCCCAACAGGUCUGUGGUUGUGCACCCCAACUCCCCUGACCAAUCAUCUCUCAUCAUGCUGCAGUCCCAGGUGAGUCAGCAUCUGAGCAGUAACUGUUCCCAUGGUUACCAACAAACACUCUAUCCCAACAGUCCCACUUCUUCUCCGGUUCCCUCUGCCGCCCAGGAGACACUUUAUGUGCAGACCUACAGCCCACCUCACCCCUCCCUGCCGAUGGGGCAGCAACCUCCUCAGCUGAAGAAAACUCAGCAAAAUGGGUCUCCGACAAACCAGCCAGGGUCACUGCCGCUCUUGCCGGAAGAGAAUAGUCAGACCUCAUUGCCUGUCGUUGUCAAGCAAGAGCCCCAAGAGCUGGACCAGAUGUACUUAGAUGAUGUAAAUGAAAUUAUAAGGAAUGAUCUCUCCAGCACUUCCGUCCAUGGUCAUGCAUAGCCACAUACAAACUACAGGACUGAAAAUGAAAAAAAAUUAAACAAAUAAUAACAAAAUCAAAAACAUUUGACAGCACAUUGACAUUGAAAUCCUGAAUGCCCCUCUGAGAAUAUACUCUUAAUUUGAACUCUUAAGUGAACUGUUCUGGUGAAGAAGAGUGGCACACUGAUCUUCCAUUGUUGAUGAAUGUUAGAAGAAGACAAAGCAGUGAAGCAACCCUUCUGCCUUAAUAAAGCACUAUCUUCUUGGGACUGCUUUUUGAAUUGUUUUAUCAAAAACUGAUUUUUUUUUUUAAAGGUCUGAUCUUCCAUCCAAAGAAGUUGCUCCUGAGUGGCACUGUUCUAUCUUGGCGCUAGUUGGCACUGUCUGGUCAUCAAUAAGGAAUAGCCAUGGAUGUGCCUUAUAUAUUUAUGUAGUGAAACCGGGAUGCAAUACAACAUAGAAAAACAAUUAUAUUAUCUUCAUAAGAAGUGAUGUUUACAAUGCAAAAAUGUUAAUGUGUAUGCCUUUAUUCUGCUUUCCUUUUUUCGUCAAGCAUUCAAAACCAUCAGGUUUCUUAAUGUAUGUUAUGCCGUAUCCCUGACUGAAAAUAGUAUGAUUUGUUAUUUUUCUUUAAAGUGGCCUGUUUACUUUGUUUAUGAUUAGAUGUUGCACACUGCUGUACAUGACACAGUGGUCAUUUCCAUCCUAGUGCACUAACUAAGCUCACAGUGAAGAACUACAUAUCGUCUAAACUAGUAUAUAUAUUGGAGAAAUCCAUGAUGAUUUCCCAAGUUUGCUAUUUUAAAUGGCAUAGAUUUUUGCUAAUCAACAAGUAUUGACUUGUCAUAUACAGUGAUCAAAUGUGAGUGUAUUUGCCUGCAGGGUGACUAAAAGAGAUCUACAAAUAUUCAUAAUUGAAUAAAGGGCAGGGCUUCAAACACAAUACCUUAUUCAAGACUGAUUGCAGAUAUGUGUGCACGUAAAUACAACUUUUCAUAUUAUGUAAUUAAUAUAUAGCUGACAAUCAUGAUCUUUUUUUGCCUUUCAGAAAAAAAGACUUAAGCUAGCAAUAACAUAUCUCUGGAUACCAAAGCAUUUUAGCUAGUGAAGUUACAGCUUUUUACUUUAAUCCUUUUGGCUGUUUUAGAUAAAGAAGAUAUAGUAUCUAGCUUGUUUAUGCCUUAUGAAUGUAUGCACUUUAGAUAGUGAAAAACAAAAUACCAUGGUUUGUGUAUUUUUAAUGACCAAAUGUCAGUGGAUUGAGGGAACUGAUAAAUCGAAAAGGAUUGACUGCUGACUGUAAUCUCCUAUAAGAUUUUUAAAACCAAAUAUUUUAAAUGAAUCUAAAAAAAAAAAAAAAAAAAGUUUCUAGAUGUAUAGCUUCCUAGAGCAUGUUAUGCUAAUGAAUAGUCGUACUAGUUCCGCUUGGAAUACAGUUAAUAGUUUAUUAUAUACUUAUGAAUGAAAUUGUACUUUUUCACAUUGUGUGUAGAAUAGUCUAUAGCAUGGUUUGAUAUAUGAAAUUAGUACAAUAUCGUGCCUUAGUCAGUCAUGGUCUUUGCUAGACGUGACUGUACUUUACACAUUCAUGUUUUGUCAGGGCUUACAAUACUGAGGCACACAGUGAAAUGUAUUUCUUCUGAAAUAUUACAUAUUUAUGGGGAUUUUAAAAUGAUGUUUGAUGUAUUCAUGGUGUCUUACUUAAAAAAAAAUAAACAAAUCAAAUAAAAGCCAUAUUGGUAAUAUUUGCACAGUACUGUGAAGACUAGAAUAUAGUAUGGCUUUAAAGUGCUUUAAAGAUAUUUGUACAGUUUUCCAAAGCAACUUGUUGCAACAGUCCAUGCUAAUCAUAGCUGUGGUUUAUUGGCUCUUUUGUCCAUAUACAGACGUGCUCAAAUUUGUUGGUACCCCUCCACAAAAAACGAAGAAUGCACAAUUUUCUCUGAAAUAACUUGAAACUGACAAAAAGUAAAUGGCAUCCACCAUUGUUUAUUCCAUAUUUAAUAGAAAUCAGACUUUGCUUUUGAUUUUUUAUUCAACAUAAUAUUGUAAAUAAUAAAACAAAUCAAAAUGGCAUGGACAAAAAUGAUGGGACCGCUAACCUAAUAUUUUGUUGCACAACCUUUAGAGGCAAUCACUGCAAUCAAACGUUUUCUGUAGCUCUCAAUGAGACUUCUGCACCUGUUAACAGGUAGUUUGGCCCACUCUUCCUGAGCAAACUGCUCCAGCUGUCUCAGGUUUGAUGGAUGUCUUCUCCAGACUGCAAGUUUCAGCUCUUUCCAUAGAUGUUCGAUAGGAUUCAGAUCAGGACUCAUGAAGGCUAGUCCAAUGUUUUGUUCUUAUCCAUUCUUGGGUGCUUUUAGCUGUGUGUUUUGGGUCAUUAUCCUGUUGGAGGACCCAUGACCUGAGACUGAGACAGAGCUUUCUGACACUGGGCAGUACGUUUCGCUCCAGAAUGACUUGAUAGUCUUGAGAUUUCAUUGUGCCCUGCACAGAUUCAAGGCACCCUGUGCCAGGCGCAGCAAAGCAGCCCCAAAACAUAACCAAGCCUCCUCCAUGUUUCACUGUAGGUAUGGUGUUCUUUUCUUUGAAAGCUUCAUUUUUUCAUCUGUGAACAUAGAGCUGAUGUGACUUGCCAAAAAGCUCCAGUUUUGACUCAUCUGUCCAAAGGACAUACUCCCAGAAGGAUUGUGGCUUGUCAAUAUGCAUUUUAGCAAAUUCCAGUCUGGCUUUUUUAUGUUUUUCUGUCAAAAGUGGAGUCCUCCUGGGUCUUCUUCCAUGGAGCCCACUUUCGCUCAAAAAGCGACGGAUGAUGCGACCAGAAACUGACGUACCUUCACCUUGGAGUUCAGCUUGUAUCUCUUUGGCAGUUAUCCUUGGUUCUUUUUCUACCAUUCGCACUAUCCUUCUGUUCAAUCUGGGGUCGAUUUUCCUCUUGCGGCCGCGCCCAGGGAGGUUGGCUACAGUUCCAUGGACCUUAAACUUCUUAAUAAUAUUUGCAACUGUUGUCAAAGGAACAUCAAGCUGCUUGGAGAUGGUCUUGUAGCCUUUACCUUUACCAUGCUUGUCUAUUAUUUUCUUUCUGGUCUCCUCAGACAACUCUCUCCUUUGCUUUCUCUGGUCCAUGUUCAGUGUGGUGCACACAAUGAUACCAAACAGCACAGUGACUACUUUUCUCCAUUUAAAUAGGCUGAAUGACUGAUUACAAGAUUGGAGACAUGUGUAAUACUAAUUAAAGAAACUAAUUAGUUUGAAAUAUCACUAUAAUCCAAUUAUUUAUUAUCUUUUCUAAGGGGUACCAACAAAUGUGUCCGGGCCAUUUUAGAAUAUCUUUGUAGAAUAAGCAAUAAUUCAUCUCUUUUCACAGCUUCUUUGCUUUAUUCUAUGACAUACCAAAGGCAUGCAAGUAUACAUGAUAAAAUAGCUUUUAAUUUCAUCACUUUUCAGGAGGAAUGAAGCAUUAUUUCAAUGAGCUGUAAGGGUACCAACAAAUUUGAGCACGUCUGUAUAAAGAAAAGAUUUUGCAUGCCAUUUUUCUUUUAAAGCACUCUGUGCUUAUCAUAUGCCUGCUUCAGAACCUUGCUGGGUGCAUUGUUAAACUCUCCAGUUUCCAGCAUCCAGUCAGAAGACAAGAAACAUCAUUAAAUGUGUGGCAUUCAGAAUUUCAAAGCAGGCAUACAAAUCUGCUGAAACACCAUUUUCUAUGGAAAGCAGCCUUUUUGAUAAAAAAAAAUUAUAAUAAUAAAAGAAAUUAGCUGAGAAUCAAUUAGCUGAGAAUCAAAUUUCUUGUAUCACAUUAUUAGAUCUUCAGCAAAUUUCCACUCACAACUAGCGUUCUGUUUCUCAUGAUGUCACAUACUUCAGUGUUGUUUGUUCUGAUUUGUAUGCUGUAUACUGUAUGCAUGACCAGUUACAUGUGCUUAUCUUGCUUUGGUGUAUAAUGAGUGCCUUCAUUUUGAAUCUAAGACCUUAUCUGUAUGUGGGAGUGGGAAGGUGGGAACAGGAAUAAAGUGAAAUACCAUUGAGCUGAUGUGUUAUGAAGAAGACAGAAGCUGUUGUUUAAGAUUCCAAAAGAAAAUGUGGGUCUCUUUAUGCAAUGCAUUUUUGCUGUAAAGAGUACCUUGCCAUCAUAAGAUUGGAGCUGGGUAUUACAUGUUAUCUUGCAUGUGGAUGGCUGUUGUGUUGAAACUUUCCCCUUGCUUUGCAUUCAAGCUAUUCCAGAAAAAAAGGGAAAAAGUGCAAGCGCACUUUCUGCAUUUAAAACUGAAAUACACUCUCUCCUUAGUGACAGAAUCCAUGCAGGGUGGGGUCUGGUCUUCCCACCCAUCCCUGCAGUCUCGGAAUAGCUCUUCUAUUAAAAUAUGUAGCCAAAACUUUUUUUUCUGAUGCUCUUUCUGUUGAGUUGUUGAAAUAUUUAAAUGUUAAGGUGGUUUCCCCUGACUCGUACAAUGUAACAUUUGCUAAAUAUAUAUUUUUUGUUUUGUGUGUGUGUGUGUGCGUGUAUGUGUGUGU